AUGUCGACCCCGACCACCGAAGAGCUCCGCCAGUUGAGCGAGAAGGCCGUCGAGUUCACCCGCCCGACUACUGAGCGCCGGCCCUCAACCUUCCUGUCGCUCGCCCCCACCACAUCGGAGUCGUACCCUCGCGCUCCGCGGGUCAAGCAACCACUUACUGCCGAGGCCCUCACCCAGGCUACGCAGCAGCAGGCCAGCGAGGAGGAGCUGGCGAAGCGCCGCACUUCCAGCCUCAGCAGUGAUGCGUCCAAGUUUCGCUUCCUGAAGCUCGGACCUGUCCACUGGGGCGAGCACCAAGGCGAGAGCAACGGCGACUUCCACGAGGUCGCGGUCGAGUAA